AUGUCUUCCAACCCACCAGCCCCACUGUCUCCUGAAGAGCAGGCUCGACAUCUUGAAGAGUCGCUACAGUUUAUUAGACAACAGGAGCAUCAGAUGAGAAAGUGUCUUGAAACAAAAGGCAAAUUACUAGACGCAAUCCGCCACGCAUCGACAUUCUUGGCCGAACUUCGUAGUUCGGUACUUACUCCUAAACAAUAUUAUGAAUUGUAUAUUGCGGUAUUCGAUGCAUUGAGACAUUUGGGCGAUUUCCUUAGAGAAGACCAUCCUAAUCAUCAUCUGGCUGAUAUCUAUGAACUUGUUCAGUAUGCUGGUAACAUUGUUCCUAGACUGUAUCUGAUGAUUACGGUUGGUACGGCAUAUAUGAGUGUGCCAGAUGCUCCAGUGAGAGAGAUUAUGAAGGACAUGAUGGAAAUGUGUCGUGGUGUCCAGCAUCCUAUUAGAGGCUUGUUUUUGCGAUAUUACUUGAGUCAAGGAACAAGAGACUAUUUACCAAGCGGUGAAGAUGUUAACGGUACUAAUGGAGGUGUUAUUACUGCUGCUGUUGCUACUACCAGUAGUGAUGACUCGGCAGCUGGUCCUGGCGAAACGAAAAAUGUUGCUGAUACUAGGUCUAAUACUAGUAAUGGAAAUGGAUCUGAGACUACUAUCACUGGACCAGGUUCGGCUUCUGCUGUCACCAGUGCUCCAGUUAUUGACCCCGAAUUAAGAGGCAACCUCAAGGAUUCGAUUCAAUUUAUUAUCACUAAUUUUAUUGAGAUGAAUAAGCUGUGGGUCCGACUUCAGCAUCAGGGUCAUAGUCGAGAACGUGAAAAGAGAACCAAGGAACGCCAAGAGCUGCAAAUUUUAGUUGGGUCUAACCUUGUCAGGUUGUCUCAACUUGAAGGUAUUGAUAAGGAGUAUUAUAAAGAGUCGAUUCUUCCUGCUAUUUUAGAGCAGGUGACCUCUACCUAA